AUAUUUUAUGCUCAUAGCUAGCUCAGCACUGCCAACUGAUCAGAUGGAAGUAAAAUUCACCAAAAAGAGUAUCGUCAAAGCUUUCAAUCUCUUGCCAGAGCAUCACCAUAAACUUAUUACUCUUUCCAACCUUGAUCUUCUUUCUGGCCGUUUUCCUGUGACAUACUUGUACUUUUAUCACAGACCUUCGAUCAAUAAUUUGUCAUCCACCGUUGAGUCGCUCAAGAGUUCCCUCGCCGAAACUUUGAGUUACUACUACCCUUUCGCCGGUCGAAUAACGGAAGACCCGGAUACGAGCGAGCCGAUAAUCAUAUGCGACAACACUGGUGCUCUCCUGGUGGAAGCCCAGGCCAACAUCCCUUUGAGGAAACUGGACUUGUACAAUAUUAAUGACUCCCUUCAAGGGAAACUAGUGUCCAUCGACCCAAACUUUCCUUUGCAAGUCCAAGUAACCCAUUACACUUGCGGAGGGGUGUCCAUGACGUUCACCUUUGACCAUGCACUAGGCGACGCAAGUGCUUUUGGUAAGUUUCUCUCCUCAUGGUCCCAAGUAGCUCGAAAGAUGCCACUAUCUUGCAUCCCAGAUCACGGGAGAAAUCUUCGACCUCGCCUCGCUCCUACAUAUCAUCCUUGCUUGGAUCAAACUUUUGUCAAGUGCACGCUUGAAGAGAUUAGGAACAUACCUAAGACCAACAUCUUGCUUAAGCGCCUUUAUUAUGUUGACGCCUCCAGCAUUAAUAAGCUGCAAAGUCUUGCAUGCGCCGACGGCAACAAGAGAACGAAGAUUGAGGCUUUCUCUGCCUACAUAUGGAAGGUUAUGGUGACCGCCAUUGAUAAAAGCCACGCCAAGUGCAAGAUGGGUUGGUUAGUUGAUGGACGUGGUAGACUCAAUGGCUCCAUGUCCAAUUACAUUGGUAAUGUCUUGUCUGUGGCUAUUGAAGAGGCAAGCAUUGUAGAAAUAAAGCAGGGCUCCAUAUCGGAGAUUGCCAAUAAUGUUCACGAGGCCAUAUCAAAGGUUGCUAAUGAGGCGCAUUUCUUGGAUUUGAUUGAUUGGAUAGAGUGCCACAAGCCUGGACUGAUGCUACCAAAAGUAGUUCUAGGUCGGGGAGGGCCUGCCCUUGUUCUCUCGUCCGGACAUAGAUUUCCAGUAGCUGAAUUGGACUUUGGCUUAGGUAGUCCUGUGCUAGGGACAGUGUCCUCCAUCAUUGAAAAAAGCGGAGUUGGCUACAUGAACCAGAGGCCAAGUGCUAGGAGUGAUGGCUCAUGGAUCGUUUCAGCAAUCAUAUGGCCAGAACUGGCUGCAGCAUUGGAGUCUGAUUCAGUUUUCCAACCCCUUUGUGCAUCUCAUCUCCAAAUUUGAUGCUAUAUAUUCCACAUGCCAAUAAUGAGCAACUUAAUAAUGAUAUAUAUAUAUAUAUAUUAUCUCUAAACAAAAGGUGUGGUAACUAAGUUAAAUGGGGAUCCUCUACUGUACUUGUAAGAACACUAGGCAUUGGCAAAUAAUUAGCAUAUAUAUGUAAUUAUUGUA